AUUAUUAUUAUUAUUAUUGUUGUUGUUGUUGUUGUUGUUACCUUUUUUUUUGUUGUUGUGUGAAAUGCUUUGUUUGGUUGACGAGAAAGUGUAGGAAAAGAGAAGGGAAUGGGGUUUUAGAGUGUACCGAAAUAUAUUUAUUGCUCGAUUGUACAGUCUUGGUGUGGAAAUUCAAUGGCAUCCGAUGAAGAGAGUGAGAUUGUGGCAGAGUUUGUCACAAACUAUGAUUUUAUCGAUCACAUGGGAAAUCCCGUUUCAUUGUCUGUUUUGCCACUACAAUGGAGCGAGGGUGAUUUCUUUGGUGACUUGGAAACACAAGUUUUCGUACGUGGGGAUGGUGAUGAUGGGCUUCAGAGAAUCUACAAGUGCGUCAUAGCAUGGAAAUUUCAACUUUCCUAUGUGCGGCCUGAAAUUUGUGUGCUUUCCAAGGAGAAAAGCUGGAUAACACUUCAAAAGCCAAGGAAGGCUUUCGAGAACACAAUCAGGACAAUUUUAGUGACUGUUCAGUGGCUUCAUUUUGUUAAAAAGAAUCCAGAGGCAUCAGAAAAAUCUCUAUGGAACCACUUGAUGAAAACAUUUAGCUCAUUUGAGGUUGAACCUUCUGAGAAUGAUCUAUUGGAUCACAUACAAUUGAUCACUGAAGCUGCUAAAAGAGAUGAACCUUUAGUAAAAUCUAAGUAUUUGCUUACUUUUUUGGAGAAGCCUAGGAGAAGUAAUGCGUUUCAUGAGGAUGCUCAAAAAAGGAAGAAGUUGAAUUUUAUAGUAUAUUCGGAUGAUGAAGAGGAGUAUGAUAAAGUGUUUGGUGAAGAAGAUAAUGAACUUUAUCUCUAUGAUUAUGUUUGUUCAAUUUGUGACAAUGGUGGUGAAAUCCUAUGUUGUGAAGGAAAGUGCUUGAGAUCCUUUCAUGCAAACAUAGGUUCUGGGGCUGAGGACUUCUGUGAGACUCUUGGCUAUACUGAUGCUCAAGUCAAGGCAAUGCCAAUAUUUUUGUGUAGAAAUUGCAAGUAUCAGCAACAUCAAUGCUUUGUUUGUGGCAAAUUGGGAUUUUCCGAUAAAUCUUCUGAUGCAAAGCCAGCAGAGGUCUUCCCCUGUGUUUCUGCAACUUGUGGCCAUUUCUAUCACCCAGAAUGUGUUGCUAAACUGCUCCAUCCACACCAGGACAUGCAAGCACUAAAACUUCAGAAAAAAAUAGCUGCAGGAGAAUCAUUUACUUGCCCUGCUCACAAAUGUUUUGUUUGUAAGCAAGGUGAAAAUAAGAAUGUUCAUGAGUUGCAGUUUGCCUUGUGUCGCCGUUGCCCCAAGGCAUAUCACAGGAAAUGCUUGCCCUGGAGGAUUUGUUUUGAAUAUAAUAAUGACGAAGAUAUUUUACAAAGGGCUUGGGAUGGCCUGCUUCCAAAUCGAAUUCUGAUAUAUUGCUUGGAUCAUGAGAUCAAUAAAGAACUUGGGACUCCACUUAGAGACCACUUAAAGUUUCCUGAUGCUAAAGGAAUAAAGAGACAACAUGAAGGAGAGAAGCUAUCAAGCAAAAAGAAGGCCGUGGCUUCAAGAAAAGGAAUGGUUUGUGACAAUUUAAGUGCAGGAAAAAUUAUAUUAAAGUUGCCGAAUCGGGUCAAAAAGAUGUGCAACAGUGUCGAAGGUGGAGAUUCUACCAAAAAGAUUAAGAAAAGAUGUUUUAGGCAGGAUUUUGAUUCCUUGAAAAAAAAGAAUACAAUUGACUUGGUUGGAAAAUCUGUAAAGGAAAAUAUUAGGUCUAUCCCUUGCAAGUCUUUCACUGUGGUUGGAAGCAAGUCCUCUACAAAGAGCAAUAAGUCUUUGAUUGAUUUGGAAUUGUAUCCAUUAAGGUCCAAGAAGCAGAAAUUGUCUAGUGGGAAAAUCAAGAACACAAUUUUGGAGGAGUCUGUGAUGAUAAAAUCAAACAGUUCAGAGUUCGUAUUGAAUGCUGAAACGAAAAAUCGAAUUUUGGCUCUAAUGAAAAAUUCCACCACUUCAUUUAAUAAUGAAGAAUUCAUCAGAAGGCAGAAAGUCCAGGGUGCAGAUGCAUACUAUGGAUCUCUAUCGGACAAGAGUAUCACACAAGGAAAAGUGGAGUGCUCUGUUAAGGCUAUUCAAACAGCCUUACAGAGGUUAGAAGAGGGUUACAGCAUUGAAGAUGCAAAAGCUGUUUGUGAACCAGAGAUUCUCUGGCAGAUUUUCAAAUGGAAGAGAAAGCUCGGUGUCUAUCUUGCACCUUUUCUCUAUGGCACGCGCUAUACAUCUUUCGGUCGCCAUUUCACAAAAGUGAACAAGCUUAAGGAGAUUGUUAAUAGGCUCCAUUAUUACGUGCAAAACGGUGAUAUGAUUGUCGACUUCUGCUGUGGUUCUAAUGAUUUCAGUUGUCUCAUGAAAGAAAAGCUUGAAAAGACUGGGAAGGGGUGCACAUUUAAAAAUUAUGAUCUUUUCCAAGCGAAGAAUGAUUUCAGUUUUGAGAAGAGAGACUGGAUGAGUGUCAAUCCGGAAGAAUUACCCAAUGGUUCCCAACUGAUCAUGGGGCUGAAUCCCCCUUUUGGGAUCAAAGCAUCUCUUGCUAACAAGUUUAUUAACAAGGCCUUGGAGUUUAAACCAAAGCUCCUAAUUCUUAUUGUUCCAAAGGAAACCAGACGACUUGACAAGAAUAAUGCUGCAUAUGACUUAAUUUGGGAGGACCAUGAGGUACUCUCAGGCAAGUCAUUUUACCUACCUGGAUCUGUUGAUGUUCAUGACAAGACAUUGGAGGACUGGAAUUUGAAGCCACCGCCACUCUAUCUUUGGAGUCGUCGUGAUUGGACUGCAAGACACAAAGCAAUAGCUCAAGAGCAUGGCCACAUAUUCAAGGAGCAACCAGAGAUGUGUUUGGAAGGAAAAAAUGCCCAGAAUUAUCUUAUUGAGAACUGUGGUUUUUUUUGGGACCAUACAGGCUUGCACCCACCUGGUGAUAUGGGAAAUUGGCAUGGUUCAUCGUCAGGCACCAAUCUUGGUAAUAGAUACCUCUAGAAUUUGGAGAACCAGUUUCAAGGGUACCGAGGACAAUGUGGAUGAAUUCAAUCAGAGUUCAAUGGCCGGGAGGAGAAGCACAAGAGAGGAUAGAGACAAAUGUGAGAGCUCACAUCCCACUUCCAUGUCGAGGACUCGUUACAUAACUAGGAUCGUAUUGUGUAAUAUUUAUCUUCCUUAACGUUUUGCCACCUCUUGAAGCCUGUAGUUGAACUUGCAGAAACUUUUAAACAGUCAGUUGCUUGUACAGCCACAAAUACUGCAAUCGCAUUAAUGCAAAUAACUGCCUUACAUAUUUCGAGGAGUAGAUCGUAUUUGUAUGUGUUAGUGAAGUUUGUGUACUCCCACAUAACUAAAUACUCACAUUGCGGCAAUAUUUAGUUAUGUGUUAAAAAUGAUAAUAUUUAACAGUUGUAACUAGUUAUA